AGUGAGGAUGAGGCUGGGCAGAGCCAUGGCUACAAAUUACUGGCCUCCUCUGGCCUUCCUCUCUUCUUCCUUACCACCCCCUUGGCUGAGCUCCUAACUUUUCACAGGGGGGGACGGGGGGGGGGGGGGAUGAAGAGGCAGGAAUGACACAGGAAAGCAAAUCAGGGCAAAGGAGGGGGCCCGGGUCCAUUCUGGGAAGGCUGAAAUUCUCCCCCCCCCCCCGCCAGGAGGAAGCUAACUCCCUUAGGGGGAAUCAACCCCAGCCCCUGCCAACCACACCUUCUUCCCAUCAUUAGCUGUGGGGUAGCCACCUCAGCUUGAUAGCAGUCCUGGAGCCAGAGAGGAGGAGGAGACCCAGUGUGUGCCUGUGCCUUGAGGUGGGGGCAGGGAUGCUCCAGAAAAUGGAGGCCAGGUGGGGGACUGACUUCGUGCCCUGCUUCUCUCAUUUGCCCUGUCUAGGCCUCAGUUUCCCCACCGGAAACCAAGGAGUUGGGCAGAGAUUGGAUCCUGGCAGUGGCACCCCUCUCCCCCUGGCCUGGGGAAUCUUGGACAGGAAAUAGGUGGGGCAGAGCAGGUGUGUGUGUGUGAGAGAGCAGGUCCCAGGCCCCUCCCUCCUUGCUCCCAGGGGGGCCCGUGGAGGGCGGAGCUGGGCCCCAGUCUGGAUGGGGUGAUGGAAAGCCAGCAGAGAGAGACUUGGCUGAGCAGGAGCUGCUGAAGCAGGCCUCCGGAGUGGAGGAGAGGGGCCAGGCACCGGGGUCCCCUCUGCGUCCAGCAUGCUGCAAGCUUCCACGGCAUCAGCAGCCCCUGGGCCCCUCUCCAAUGGCAGUCUCCCUGGCAACACCAGCAGUGGCGAAUCAAGGAACCCAUGGUUGGCCCAGGCUGAGGUGGCAUUGCUGGCAGCCAUGUUUGUGUGCGUAACACUGAGCAAUAUACUGGUGCUGGGGGCCUUGGCCCGCAGGGGCAGGCGAGGCCGGUGGGCCCCUAUGCAUGUCUUCAUCGGUCACCUGUGUCUGGCCGAUCUGGCCGUGGCCCUAUUCCAGGUGCUCCCACAGCUGGCCUGGGACAUCACGGACCGUUUCCAGGGUCCCGACUUUCUAUGUCGGGCUGUCAAGUAUCUGCAGAUGGUGGGCAUGUAUGCUUCCUCCUACAUGAUCCUGGCCAUGACCCUGGACCGCCAUCGAGCCAUCUGCCGCCCCAUGUUGGCUUUCCGCCAUGGUGGAGCCCACUGGAACAGACCCAUCUUGGUGGCGUGGGCCCUCUCGUUGAUCUUCAGCCUGCCCCAACUCUUCAUCUUCAGUCAACAGGAGGUAGAGGAUGAGACUGGCACCCUCGACUGCUGGGCUCUUUUUAUCGAGCCCUGGGGGCUCCGGGCCUAUGUUACUUGGAUUGCCCUAAUGGUGUUUGUGGCACCAGCUGCAGGCAUUGCUGCCUGCCAGGUGCUUAUCUUCCGGGAGAUCCAUGCCAGUCUGUCCCCGAGGGCCAGUGGUGUGGGGCCUGGUGAGGGUGCCCGAGUCUCCGCAGCCAUGGCCAAGACAGUGAGAAUGACCUUGGUGAUAGUGAUUGUGUACAUACUGUGUUGGGCACCCUUCUUCCUGGUACAGCUGUGGUCAGUGUGGGAUCCCCAGGCACCCCGGGAAGGGCCACCCUUUGUGUUGCUCAUGCUUCUGGCCAGUCUCAACAGCUUCACCAACCCUUGGAUCUACGCCUCCUUCAGCAGCAGUGUGUCCUCGGAGCUCCGAAGCCUCCUCUGCUGCUCCCGGCCUCCUCCUCUGGCCAGCCUCGGUACCCCCGAUGACUCCUGCAUAACCGCCAGCUCCUCUCUCACCAAGGACACGUCCUCCUGAGGUCCCAGGAAGACUGUGGGGGCAGUGCCCGACCUUCCUGGACCCCAGAAAGCCCAGAGGUCUAGCUCCAUGCCAAAGGCAACAUCUCCCACACAGUGCGGCCGGUCGUUCCUAAAGCCCAGGUGUGCUUGUGUCAUGCCCCGCUCACAAGAAGCCUCAGUAGUGCCCUGGUGCCUCGAGGGUAACAAGUCUCCUCUGUUUAGCCUUUAAAGGUCCUCCAGGCCUAGCUCAGGCCUGCUUUUCUAGGCAGCUCCUCCAUCCCUCCACCCUCCACUCCAAAGGCUUCCACUAGGCUGUUUAACAGUCCAGGCCUGGAAUGCUCUGUCUCUGGGAACCCCUGGCUAGCUCCCUCCAAGGCCACCUCCUCCAGGAUACUCUCCUGAUUUUCCCCACUUAGUCUCCGUGUAUUUAUUCUGCAGAGAUCCCAACUUUACAUCUUAGGGGAGACGGGAAGUUCUUUGAGGGCCACGGCUGGUGUCCCUUUUUCCUUGUAUCUUUGGUGCCUGGCACAUAGUAGGCACUUAAUAAAUGCUUGCUGAUUGAUGGAUUAA